CGGAAGUGCAGCAGCAGCAGCAGCAGUAAACACAGCUGCUGAGUAGAGAUGGUGUACGUGUCUAACGGUCAGGUCCUGGACAGCAGGUCCCAGUCUCCAUGGAGCCUGUCCUUUCUGGUCAGUCUGUUCUGGGGAGCAGUGGAUUUCGUCGGCCUGUUUUUUAAGACAAUACUUCACCCUGACAUGACAAAGGAUGGAUACGGUGGUUCGUCACGCUUCACUGACGGCAGAGGUCCUCCAGGUCCCCCUGGUGGCAGGAGACGGAUUGGAAGAAUUAACCACGGUGGAGGUCCAGGGUCCCCACCAAUGGGUGGAGGAGGAUGAGGAAGGUAAACGCCUACACUUAGUGUGUAGGCGUGGGGCCUCGCACCAUGUCCACUUGAUGAGAACAUAAACGAAGAUAGUGAUGUCAUAGUGCUCCGGCCCCUCUUCAUCGGCUGCCGCUGCGAUGAGCAGCUUUUUGACGCCUUUUUGGGAAUUCCUACACAUAGGGACCAGAAUGGCCGAUACAGCAGCUAUCAACAUUUCCUCCCUUUAUCCUCUUUACUGUCACACCCUUCUGGGAAUCAUGAAGUUAGUUUGUUAUUUUGUAUCUUUCUGUCUCAAUAAAAAUGUGAUGUUUAACCAUGUCA